UAUCAAAUUGAAGAUCCAGAGAGAAAAAGCAAAUUACUAAGCAGGCGCAAAACCACGGAUUAUUUAAACGAGUAUUUGUCUCUUACCGAACUGGGAUCGUAUUUUCGAUCAUCAAAAUUUAAUAUAUAAUUUACUUAAUUAAGUAAUCACAAACAUAGUUAUUCAUGUUUAUCAAUCAUGAAUAACGAAAUCUAGAGUUUUGAGAUGCUUCAACUGUUAAGGUACACCAUUUUGUACACUACCAAAGCAGCCAAUCACAUUCUCUCCCGCGCAAUAACUCCUCACAUAUACCGAAUGUUCUCUGCACAUCAAGAUUUUGAUUUCCACAAAAUUUAUCUAUACCCAUUUGUAAAGAAGCUGCAUUCUAUUAGUUUUGAUUCCAACUUUAUACAUGAUAACACUCCUUAUGUUUUCACCAAGUUUGUAUCUCAAUCUGCAAAAUUGGGGUCAUUAGAUUUGGGUAUUCAGCUUCAUUGUACUGUUAUAAAGAUGGGUUUUAGUUCAAAUUUAUUUAUAACUACUUCUCUUGUUGACAUGUAUGGUAAAUGUGGUGAUGUUUUACAUGCUCAGCAGCUGUUUGAUGAGAUGCCUCGCAGAAAUGUGGUUACUUGGAAUUCUUUGAUAUCUGGGUAUGUGAAUGCCCAAAUCUCAGAAAUGGCUAUUGAGAUCUUUGUUGUGAUGCUUCAUAUGGGUGUAGUUGUAACUGCACAUAGUUUGUCGACUGUUCUUGUUGGUUGUGCGCAGUUGAAGGAUGGGAGGCUUGGGGGUCAAGUUCAUGGGUUAUGUUUGAAAACCGGAUUUGAAUUGAAUGAUGUUGUGGGAACUAGUUUAAUUGAUAUGUACUCGAAAUGUUUGGAUGUUGAGGCUUCGAGGAGAAUCUUUGAUCGGAUGGUGGAGAGGAAUAUUGUCACGUGGACUUCAUUAGUUGGUGGGUAUUCACUAACACAACAAUCUGAUGAAGCAAUGAUUCUAGUUAGAGAUAUGUUACGCUGGGGUGUCAGAGCAAAUUUUGUGACUUAUAAUUGUUUGUUGAGUUCGUUUUCAUUUCCAGAAGAUUUUAAUCAUUUCAAGCAAGUACACUGUUGCAUAAUUCGAGAGGGUUUAGAAUCUAAUCGUUACCUGUCAGUUAGUCUAAUGACUUUGUAUUCAGAGAGUGGCAAUGCUGAGAACUUUCUUAAUAUUUGCUCAACUUUGAAAAUAUGGGAUCAGAUAUCAUGGAAUGCAGUAAUUGCCGGGUUUGCUAAAUUGGGAAAAGGCGAGGAUGCUCUUGACUGCUAUUUCAAAAUGAGGCAGGAAGGCAUCAAUAUUGAUGUCUAUACAUUGUCAGGUAUUCUAAAAGCUAUGGGACUUAUAGCUGCACUUGAGGAGGGGAGGCAAACCCAUGGUAUAGUUUUCAAGUGUGGGCAUACCUCAAAUUUGUGCGUGCAGAAUGCACUUGUUUCCAUGUAUGCAAAAUGUGGCAAAAUUGUUGAUGCAGAAAAGGUUUUCUUGUCAAUUGAAGAACAUGAUUUAGUUUCAUGGAAUUCACUACUUGCUGGUUGUGCUUAUAAUGGAUAUGGUAGUAAAGCUGUUGGAUUGUUUGAACAAAUGAGAAGAACCAUUGUCAAACCUGAUCUAACAUCAUUUCUUGCAGUGCUCACUGCCUGUAGCUAUGAAGGAUUGCUGGACAAGGGACUUGAGUAUUUUGAUAUGAUGAGAAAUGAUGAUUCCCUCGAGCCACCUAAACUAGAGCAUUAUGCUUGCAUUGUCAAUCUGUAUGCAAGAGCUGGUUAUAUUCAUGAAGCAGAAUCCUUUAUAAUUAGCAUGUCAGUAAAACCUGGACCCACAGUCUAUAAAACUUUGCUAAGUGCUUGUCAGAUUUAUGGAAACAAGGAAAUUGCUAUACGUAAUGCGACAAAGCUUAUAGAGCUUUGCCCCUACGAUGAUGCAACCUAUGUACUUAUCUCAAAUGUUAUGGCAACUGGCGGGUAUUGGGAUGAUGCAGCAGAAUUGCGAAAGCUCAUGUAUGAUAGAGGAGUAAAGAAGCAACCUGCUCAUAGCUGGAUAUCAUCAAGAAAGAAUAAACCUAAUCUCAUAUUAAGUAAUGAAUUAACUGCAGUUUGCUGAUUGAUUGGCAAAAGAUCCGCUUGACUGUUAAUUGCUUGAGAUGCUUGAUUUAGAAGAUGAAGAGCUGGAGAUGAAG